GGAAAGUACCGCUCUCAAUCGAGCGACACUUGUAUUUAAUAGAAGUACACGGAGCAGAAGCCGGAGAGACGUUUCGUUUGUUUUUUCAACAAAAACAUUCGACACAAAGGACUUGAAGAAGGAAAAAAACACAAAGAAUAGAGCCAGGAAGCCAGCCUAGCAGGAAUCACCAUAUAGCACCGGCUGCCUAUAUUAAACAAUAUCAAAGGGGAUUAAAAAAAAUUGUUUUCUUUUUCCAAGCUGAAGAGAAAGCGGGAUGGGAUGUACCUGGCCUCUACCUGUGUCUUGACAGAGCUUUGAAACAAACAAGGGGCGCUAAACUGUCCACUGUUGGACACGUUUGAACAAGGAAAACGAUUUACGCCGGAGUAAUGCUACUAUGCCAUGGGGGAGUAAGCAGCGUGAAAACAAGAACGAAUUCUGCGAAUCCGUGAGAAGGAGCUACCUUGAAACUUGACGUCUGGAGAGCAAGUGAUUCUUCCCUUCCUUAAUUGUAUUUGUAAGCCCCGCUUAGAUCUAGUAAACCAAAGGUUCAUUCAAUCCACAGUUAAACACAAUGAGACAAUGCGCUGUUUGGAAAUUAACCACUGAACAUUUGAGAUGUACGCAAGUAACUGGGAUUGAAAGCGAUCUGAGAAUGGUUUACAUUUAUACAAAUAUGAUCUUUCUAAUGGGUUAACUUUUUUUUUGUUUAUUUGGUUGGUAGCAAUAAUUUAAAAGAAGAAAACUGUUAAUUUUAGACACAAUUGCGGAAAGGGAAUGCAGUAAGUAGUCAAGCAAUGAAAGCAGACUUCACUUAAAUCAUGUUUGCUUUACAAUAAAGGUCAUGUUUUAUCAUUAAGAAUGAGAAUUGGAAACUGAUUUGAAUAUCCUUUGCAGCAUACCAAUACAGCACUUUAAAAAAGUUCCAUGUAGCUAGCAGUAAGAAAAUGAAUUGGGAAGAACCAAAGGCAGAUCUGGGGAACGGCAAUGCCAUAGGAAAGAAAGAUGCAACACUGACUGGAGGAUUGGAAAGCUCAGUCUUAGAAAACCAACUGGUGAUGGAUGGUAAUCUAGUGACAUUUCAGGUUGGUGGUGAUGACAGUGGUGGUGUUGAACUGGGAGUCCUGGCAGAGCCAGGUUUAGUGAUGGAUCAGAUUCAUGAAGAGGAGGCAACAAAAGACACUAAUGGAAACAGCAAAUCCUUAGUAGGCCAUCUGUCUGACACAAAUUCAGACUUGCACCUUCAUAAUGUACUCUUAGGAAAUCAUUCUGAAGAUCACACCUUCCAUCAGAAUGACACUGGCUCAGUAUCUGGAUCAACUUGUGACUCGCCUUCCCUGGCAGAAGGAGAUAAGGAUUUAACUUUACAGGAAGCGGAUUCCUCCUCAGCCGGUUCCCCUAAAACAGAGGGUAAUAAAGUACAGGGAGAACCUACUGACACCCUAUCACUGAGUGCUCCGGAUCUGCUUGUGGAUUGCCCUGCUGAUCUGGGAAGCUCUGAGCGACUUGGCCUUUCCCCGUCUCCACCUUCUGAGGACAAUGAGAAGCUAAAACACAGUGCAAAGAGAGUAACUUUCCCUUCAGAUGAGCAAAUCGUGUCAGGCGCAGUUGAACCCAAGGACCCCUGGAGACAUGCUCAAAAUGUGACUGUGGAUGAGAUUGUCACCGCUUACAAAAAUGCCUGUCAAAAACUAAAUUGCAAGCCUAUUCCAAAGCUACUGAAACAAAUCCAGGAGUUUAAAGAUCUGACGCAGCGGGUGGACUGUCUUGAUCUUAAAGGAGAAAAACUUGACUACAAAGCAUGUGAAGCACUUGAGGAGAUUUUCAAACGGGUACAAUUCAAAGUGGUCGAUUUGGAGCAAACCAGUUUAGAUGAAGAUGGAGCAUCUGCCUUGUUUGAUAUGAUUGAAUAUUAUGAAUCAGCAACACACUUAAACAUCUCUUUCAACAAACACAUUGGGACUCGAGGCUGGCAAGCUGCUGCUCAUAUGAUGAGAAAGACAAAUUGCCUUCAGUAUCUGGAUGCUAGAAACACACCACUUUUGGACCAUUCUGCUCCAUUUGUUGCCAGAGCUUUACGUAUCAGCAGUAGUCUGGGGGUCCUGCAUUUGGAGAAUGCCUCUUUGUCAGGGCGCCCUCUAUUGUUAUUAGCAACUGCACUGAAGAUGAACGUUAACCUGAGGGAGUUGUACCUUGCUGACAAUAAGCUGAAUGGAUUGCAAGAUUCUGCUCAACUCGGCAAUCUGCUGAAAUUUAACUGUUACAUCCAGAUCCUUGACCUUCGAAAUAACCACAUUCUUGACUCAGGACUGGCAUACCUGUGUGAGGGCCUUAAGGAGCAGCGGAAAGGCUUGGUGACUCUUGUAUUAUGGAACAACCAAUUAACUCACAACAGCAUGACGUAUUUGGCAGCAGCACUGCCUUUCACGCAGAGUUUAGAAACUCUCAACCUGGGACAUAAUGCAAUUGGAAAUGAAGGAGUCCACAAACUUAAAGAUGGUCUCAUUGCAAAUCGUUCAGUGUUACGUUUGGGCUUGGCUUCUACUAAACUCUCUUGUGAAGGUGCUGUGGCAGUGGCUGAGUUUAUUGCUGAGAGCCCUCGACUUUUGCGACUAGAUCUACGGGAAAAUGAAAUAAAAACAGGAGGACUUAUGGCGCUCUCACUGGCACUGAAGGUUAAUACAUCUUUGCUCAGGCUGGAUCUAGACAGAGAGCCUAAGAAAGAGACUGUAAAAAGUUUCAUUGAGACCCAAAAAGCUCUGUUGUCAGAAAUUCAGAAUGGCUGCAAACGCAACUUCAUCCUUGCAAAGGAGAAGGAGGAGACAGAGCAGAAAAUGCGUCAAUCUGCCUCCAUGCCUGAAAUUACUAUGGCUUUACCCCAGGCUGAAGAAGAAGCAAUGUCUGAGGAGAGCCAACAAGACAUUAGAGAUGAGAACACUAGUAGUAAUGAAGAAUGUGAUAAUGGACAAUCAGCUGCUGAAGAGGAGGAGGAAGACGAGGAGGAAGAGAAAGAAGUAGAAUGUGCAAGUAAAACACAAGAACAGGAGGAGGAAUCUGAUUCAGAUACAGAUGAAGAGAAUGAAGAAGUGGAAGGAUCUACACAAACCAAUACAGAAGCACAACAUCAGAAAGCAGAGACAGUUUCUGAGGUUUCUGCCAAGAUGCCAGAGCCAGUUACAGAAGUGAGAGUAGAGUCUGUAGCUCUUGUAGCUAAUGCUGCUCCUUCCUGUAACUUAGAAGAAAAACCAGUGGCAAUUUUGGACACAACACCUAAUCAGAGCUCCCCUCUACGGAAUAAUGAGAGGCAUAUUUCAGUUUCUAGUCCAGGUCGAGGACAUAAAAUAUUUGUUGUGACCAGAGUAGAGAGUCCUCCUGAACAAAUGACAGCACCAGCAGAGCUACAGACAACGCCUCUUUUUAGCCAGUCUUCUGCCACUUUAACUGUAGGGGCUGAGGUGCACUCGCUCACAAACUCUGCCUCACAUUCAGAGCAAAUACCACCAAAUGCAUUGGUUGCACCAAGAAGGUCAAACUGUGAAGAGAAAUGUGAGAUGGCAGAGACCACAUCUUGUACAACAAUGGAGGGUAUGCCCCUUCCCAAUGGACUGAAAACUGAAUUUGCCCUCUUGCUUUCUGACCCAUCUGAGAUCCCUAAAACCGCAAGCUGUGGAACUGAACACGAACUGAGCUGCAGCAAGAAUGAUAAGGAGAUAGAAGAGAUGCUGUUAGAGGCUAGUCUUGAGGCAGGAAAAGAAACCCAAUGACUCUUUCCUGUGGCCUUGGAGCUUGUUGGAUUCAUAAAUGCAGGUAAUCCCUAGGAGAAAAUAAAAUGUGCCUGUUUGACAGUAUAGUUUUGGAUUCAUUCAUCCCCUGGAAAACUUGAGAGACAAAAUUGUUCCCUGUCACUUUAACUAAACUGUAAUGAGAUUACAGAUGAUUUUAAGAUCACACUAUGUUGCUGAAUCACUACAUUCCACCAACACAACCCAGAGGAAGAAUUUUGCAGGUCAUUAUCACUAAGAAUGGAAGGCACUGUUCUUAUUAACCAAAGAUCCAGAAACACUGGAAGACCAUUGCAUUGGCGACUGGAGAAAACACUUCACGGAGUACUAAAGAACAUGGACUUUCCUCAUUUGCCAUUGCAGCCAUGAACAAGUCUACAGUCAUGAUUAGAGUUCUACUGUCUUGUGCUGAAAUUAUUUUUUGUCUCGCCAAAACGAAUAUGCAUGUCAUUCUCUCAGAACAAUGUUUAUACUUAGUAGAGUCUCAAAGAGGACAUGAGAAUAUAGAGUACAGUAAGGAAAGACUGACAGUACUGUUGGUUUUCCCGUAGUCAGGCAGGUUGAUGUUAUUAGGGUAUGUUUUCUUUCUUUUUUUUUUUUUGCCACACUUGCUGUGACACUACAAAGACAACUAGAAUUAUGAGUUGUGUUAUAGAGAAGUAUGGAAAGCCACCCACCCAACACUGCAUCUUUGUUUUGUUUUUUGUUUUUGUUUUUUUCUUUUGUAUGUUUUAUAAAGUUGUAUCACAUACAUUCUGGUGGUCAUUCUAAUCCCAACUUCGCAGUCUCUUUUCAGUUUGGUGCUUUUUAGAAAUAUUUCAUCUACACACUUUCUAACUUAAUUUUAUGAAAAAAAGUUUUCUCUCUUCAGUAUGGGUGACAUCAAAUUUAGGGUUUUUAAAAAUUAAUUUCCGAAGCAGUACUUUCUGUGCAAAAUGUUACAAACACAAAGUAUAUCACUUAAUGCGGAAGUGAAAUUGUGAGGAGAGAUGUGAAAGAAAAAGGUACAUGUUUAGUCUAAUUUUGAGGUAUCCUGUAUGCAUCUUGUUCAUUCUCCUAAUAUGUCCUAGGACAAAUGUUUCCACUGCAGCAAGCAAAUAAGGAUGUAAUUAAUCAUUUAAAUAUAUAUAUAUAUAUAUAUAUAUAUAUAUAUAUAUAUAUAUAUAUAUAUAUAUAUAGUACACAUGCUUUACAUUUCAAAUAGAAAAAUAUACUGUAUGUGGAAGAAAUUGUUAAUAUUUAAUAUGCAAAUAUUUUCUUUAUUUAUAGCCGAAUCUGAGAUGAUGAUGUUGUGCUAUAACUGCACACAUUAGCAAAUAAAAAAGAAGAUCUGCUAUGUGCUACAAAACUAGACAGCAAGUCCAUAUUUAUUUCAGUCGUAGGUCAUGUAUACAAAGCCUGAACUUAUUAAGUUGUUCAAGACAGAAACAUAACCAUUCAACUAUUCAGACACAUCCACCUGUGUCUGUACUUUUUUCUUCUUGCACUUAAUUUUCUUCUUAAAUUAGAAUCCUAUGCCCUGCAAAUCAUUUGAUAAAUAUUUUAACCUGUAUACAACAUACCUUGACUUGAGAAGUCAAUGACCUGAUGGUGACUUCACUCACGACUCAAGCCUUCAUCCAUCAGCCAGUCUUUCAUAAGUGACUUGUAGUUUCACAAGACUAUUUCCUACACUCACUUGCUUUCUCACGGGUUUUAACGUCACAUUUCUGGUCUCUGUGUAUUUUUUGUUUAUACUCUGGAUUGUGUUUUUCUUGGUCUAAUUUUUUUUUAAAGCAUUCAUGUUGAAUCAAAUUGCUUUGAAGAUGAUGUUGAUGAGUUGGCAUCUGGUCAUUAUAUUAACCUAUCAGCAGUUAGACUCCUUGAAUUACAGGGCUCAAAAUAUUGUCAUAAAUUUCAAACUGGUUUUGUUCCCUUUAAAGAAAUACAUGCAUUUGAGAGCAUAGAGCUGAACUAUACAACAUAAACACUUUUGUUUCCUGUGAUAUUUUUGGGAGGAAGGAAUUCUGCAUAGCUUGUAUAAUAAAUUUUCAGUUGAGGUUUUCAUUGAAUGUGUUUGUCACUGUACACUGAACAUGUCAUAAGUGGAUUAUUAGCCACUAUCUUAAAAUUAAUUAUUUUAGUUUUCUGUAAAAGCCAAAUAACCAAUGCAAGAAAAAAUGUGAAAAGGGAAGCGAUGAUACAGUUCGCUUGAAACCAAUUUGUUUUAUCAUUUUUAAAUUCAGCAAAAGAUCUUUUCCCCUAAAUUAAAGCAUGUAAGUUAAUUACAUUUUUAAUGUUGUUUUAGAGGAAAUUUAGGUAGCUGGUUUAGCAAAAGAAGAACAUAAAAAAAAAAACAGCCACAAAGGAGAGAGGGAGGCAGGUUGUUUAAUGGGGGCAGCAUUCAGCUAAAAUUAGGCUGUUGGCUUCCCCCGGCAUUGCUUCUAUGUUUAACAUAAUUGGCAUACUGGAUUGUAGAAAGCCAUCUUUAGCCAGGUAAAGUCUUAAAAAGAAUACUCACACACUGCCACCACUGGCGUACUUGAAAAUAUCCUUUUGUCAACUGGUAGAGAUGAAUUGAGAUGUUUGAAACAAAUGAAAAUGAAUUUGGACAAAUAACAAAAAAAUACAUUUUAAAAACACUGCCAGAAAUAGUUAAGUUUGGAAUUCCUCUGUACCAGCUACUGACAUGGAUUCCAAUGUAAAUCUGAAAAUAAUGCAUCUUUGAUAAAUUGUCUUGGAUCAUAGAUGAGAUGUGUUGAUUCUUAGCCUGUGAUUGAUCUCAGUUCUAAUUAUUUCUGAUCGGACAUCUUCAUUUCUUAGGGGGUGGGGUGAGAGUGGAAAAGUACAAAAAUAAAUAAAUAAAUAAUAUUUAAUAUGUCGUAUUAUAUGCACACAUUUAGCAUCCAUAUUGCUUAACAGACACAGAUAGUAAAGGCACUGUGGCUUUCUCCAGCGUUUCCCAGUAAUUUUGGUCUAAGUAAGUAGUGUUUGAAAAAUCACCCCUCUAGAUUGGCCUUCGGCCCAUCUCUCUCUGUCUGGCAUACACUGUCACUUAAUUUACAGAUGAAUAUUAAGAAAUAAAUGCCAUAAUACCAAUUAAAGUUACAUUUUGAUAUUCCUAAGAAAUACUUUUGUAAGAUCAGGUAAAAGGUGACAUAAUUGCUGGGUUUACAGCAGAAGCCAAGAGCUGGCACCAUGACACCUGCUCAGCUAGUGAAAGCCUUAUGGUUUGUCUUAGAAGUUUUGGUAAACAUUUAGUUAACGGAAACAGUGGAUGAAGUGUCGCAAGUUUUGAUUCAUGACAAUUCCUCUUAGAAAGGGGCUGCUGCUGGUGAGGCCUACACUCGUCAGUGCAGUCACACAACUGGCACUGAAGUCACACGUCUCUCAGAGGGUACUGUUUUCUGACUCUGUAAUUGAUUAACUACAGAAUUGUAGGACAAACCCACUUUUCCCUUGUGUUUCUUUGUAUUUGUGUAGAAUAUUAAAGCUAUUUAUAUAUUUUUUUUUCUUUAGAAAUAUAAAAAAAAGUGCAAUAAGACAUUCAGGGAGUUGACCUGCCAUAUGCAGAUCAUGAUCAGAGAUGGGAGAAAAAUUAGCUACUGAUAGUAAACAUGAACUACAGAAUUGUGUAAUUAUUGUAGCAAACUGUUGAGUUUUGAUUCAUUGUAUAUUUUUCUCUACAGUGACACAAUUCUCCUUCCCAUUUUAUGUUUUAUUUUUGUAACUUUUCUUGUGAAUUAUGUAUUUCUGCUGCCUAAAGUCAUAGAAAAUGCUUUGCUUAAAAAUCAGUGACAAGAUUUAUGACUUUCUAAAGAUGCUGGAAUUUUGCACUAAUUAUAACCGUGCAUGUGACUGAAUUUGGAUUCAAGGAAUGCCACUUGCGUGUUAACCAGUUGUAUAGUAAGUACAAAGGUUUCUAAUAUGUAAUAUUGAAAGCCCUAUUUUUAGAACAGGGGUGGGGGGCAACUGUGUAUUAUUGUGUGUAUUGAUAACUUCAUGCAGAUAAUUAUGAGAAGGUCACUUUCCUGGACUGGCAUAUUGGAGUUGGUGCUCAAAUGAAGUAAAUAACAAAACUUUAAUAAUGCUUAGAAUAUAUGGGAUUGGGUAGGCUGACGGGUUAAACAGCACUUGAAAUGUUGGUCAGAUGUCAAUGUUUCUUGUCUAAUGUUGCAAAUUUAUCACACAUACAGGGACGGUGUGUACUUGCAAAGCUUGAUGUAUGAAAGCAAGUGCCUUUUCAAUUACUUUCUAUUUUCUAUCUGGCAAUUGUUCCCAUCGUAACAUCUGAACUCCAUGUUGACCAUUUAAUAACAGUCAAAUGUAUUGUGUGAUUUCAGUUUGUAUUUGUUGUUUUUAUCUCAUCCCAAACUACAGAUGUAUUCCAGUGUCACAUCACAGUUCAUCUACAGUACAAUAAGCUGUUCCCUGUCCAAGUUGCCCUGAGAAAACUUUCUCGCACCAGUCGAACCACUUGUGUCUAUUUAGGGGGUUUAUUCAGCUUGCUGAAGCAAUGACUUGUUUUGAGAUGUCCCCUAAGUAUCAAGACAUCUUGACCCCUUGGUGUUUUGGGUGGGUUGAGGGUAGCAAUCAACGCAAGACGGCUAAUGACAGAUCUAUCUUUGAAAUGGCUGUCUUAAAGGGAAUUCAAGCACUAUUUUGUUCUCGUCUGGUCCUCAGAGCAUGUUCUCCAAGUUAAUGCCACCUGUCUGCUACAAAACCUGUCAUGGCUGGAACAGCAUUUUUGGAUUCCUCUACUUGCCUGUGUGCUGUCCUCAUACAUUGGAUGCUGUAGUCUUCUGCUACUUGGAACAUGCUCUUAGAACCCACAUUUUUAUUAUUUACAUUUAUCAGUCUGAGUAGAUGAUUACCAAACCUGUUUUUAAAAAGCAAAUAUUGGUGUAGCCUUCUCUGUCAACUCUGUAAUUAAAAUAGAUUUAAUAAAAUGUUUAAUAUAUUACAUUCUGUUGAUUAAAGGUGGCAUUUCUGGGGCCACUACUGGCUUUGUUAAGAAUCUAAAGGGGCAAAAGGUGUGUUUUAUUGCAUUUAGGGGUUUAUUGUAUAUUCUCAGUUGAAAUAAAGGGUUUCCUAAUUUC